CUCAGGCCCAGACGGGCGGAGAGAGGAAGAGCCAGGGGAGGUUCGGCAGCUGACACUCCCAAAGCAGUGCCCCCCCAACCCCACCCCCAGCCCCGGGAUGGCCUGGGCACUGGCCCAGCAGGUCACACCCACUUGAGGGAGAAAGGGCGCACGAGAGAAAAGCAGGGAGCUCAGCCAGGGGCACCCGAGAGCUGAGAGCCUGCCAGGCGCUGCCUUCAAUUUUCCAGGUUCCAGCCCAUUCGAGGGGAGGAGGAAUGGGCUGGGCCGCCCACGAGAAACCUAGGCGCACAGCUCCAGAAGCCUACGGGCAGAUACCACACUGGUAAAGACAGGUAACCCUUGUAAGACAGGUUGCAGUGGACAGAGCUCGAGCCCUGUGAUUGGAUCCCGUCCAAAUCUCGACAAACAGGUUCUUAGCACCACCCAAGGCUCCGAGCAGCUAGGCCAGAAGUAUCUUUCCUCUGGCAGCAGGCAGCUCCAGGCUAGGAUGGGCAGCCCAGUGCACCGAGUGUCCCUGGGGGAUACCUGGAGCAGGCAAGUGCACCCCAACAUAGAGAGUGAGAGACACAUACAGUCCUUCAAUGUGGAAAGUCUCAUCAACAUCCUGGAUGGAGGUGCCCAGAACACUGCACUCCGGAGGAAAGUUGAGAGCAUCAUCCACAGUGACCCGGAGUUUAGCCUGAAGUAUAAUUAUUUCAUGACCCAGAAUGAACGUUAUGUGGCCGCCGUUCAGAGGAAAUUUCACCUCCAGACAAUAGCAAAGCGCCUGGGCUGGUUGGAAAACAGUCUUGAAUUCCACUACGCUUACAGAGCCCUUUCUGGAGAAUUGGCCUUAAGUCUACACCACGUGUUCCUGAAAUCCCUCAGGACCCUGGGCUCAGAGGAGCAGAUUGCCAAAUGGACCCCACUCUGCAAUGAGUUCCAGAUCAUUGCAUCAUAUGCCCAGACAGAACUGGGACACGGGACGAAUCUUCGGGGCCUGGAGACUGAAGCCACCUAUGAUGCGGCCACCCAGGAGUUUGUGGUGCAUAGCCCCACGUUGACGGCCACCAAAUGGUGGCCUGGGGACAUGGGACGGUCAGCCACCCACACCUUGGUCCAGGCCCAGCUGAUCUGCUCAGGAGCCCGACAGGGCAUGCACGCCUUCAUUGUGCCCAUCCGGAGCCUCCAGGACCACACCCCACUGCCAGGAGUCACCGUUGGAGACAUCGGACCCAAGAUGGACUUUGACCACACAGACAACGGCUUCCUACAACUGGACCACGUGCGGGUCCCUAGGGAGAACAUGCUGAGUCGCUUUGCACAGGUCUUGCCAGACGGCACCUACGUCAAGCUCGGAACAUCGCAGACCAACUACUUUUCAUUGGUGGUGGUGCGGGUGGAUCUGCUCCUGGGCGAGAUCAUCCCCCUGCUGCAGAAGGCCUGUGUCAUCGCCAUCCGCUACUCGGUCAUCCGCCAUCAAUCCAGCAUCCGGCCCAGUGACCCAGAGGCAAAAAUCCUGGACUACCAGACGCAGCAGCAGAAACUCUUCCCUCCGCUGGCCACAGCCUAUGCGUUCCAUUUCCUGGCGAGCAGCCUCCUAGAGUUCUUACAUAGCUCCUAUGAUGCCAUUCUCAACAAAGACUUCAGCCACCUGCCGGAGCUUCACGCACUGAGUGCAGGAAUCAAGGCCAUGAUAUCAGACUCGUGCCUCCAGGGGACUGAGCUGUGCCGCCAAGCCUGUGGCGGCCACGGCUACUCGAAGCUGAGCGGCCUGCCCUCACUGGUCAGCAGAGUGACAGCCUCCUGCACCUAUGAGGGCGACAACACCGUGCUCUACCUGCAGACGGCCAGGUUUCUGGUGAAAAACUACCUGCAAGCUCAAGCUCAGGCAACCCCAGGCUCCACACUGCAGAAGUCUCUCCCUCAGUCUAUUGCAUACCUGACCACAACUGACCUGGCCAGAUGCCCAGCCCAGAAAGCAGCCGACUUCCUCCACCCAAAACUCUACACCAUGGCCUGGGCACACGUGGCAACCAGGCUCAUAAAGGACUCAGUGCAUCACUUAGAGACUGUGAUGCAAUCCGGGGCUGACUGGGAUGAGGCAUGGAACCAGACCACGGUCAUACACCUCCAGGCUGCUAAGGCACACUGCUUCUAUAUCAGUGUGAAGAGUUUUACAGAAACUCUGGAGAAACUAGAAAACGACCCGGCAGUUCAGCAGGUGCUCAAACGCCUCUGUGACCUCUAUGCUCUACACGGCAUCCUGACUAAUGCCGGUGACUUUCUCCAUGAUGGCUUCCUGUCUGGGUCCCAAGUAGAUGCGGUGAGAACUGCCUACCUGGACCUGCUCCGCCUCAUCCGGAAGGAUGCCAUCCUGUUAACUGAUGCUUUUGACUUCACGGAUCAGUGUUUAAAUUCAGCACUUGGCUGUUACGAUGGAAAUGUCUAUGAACGUCUGUUCCACUGGGCUCAGAAGUCACCGACCAAUACUCAGAGGAACCCUGCCUAUGAGAAAUACUUAAGACCACUAUUACAAAGUUGGAGAUCCAAGCUGUGAAGUAAUCAACAGCAUUCAAGAGACACCACCAUGUGAUAAUGUAGGCUCCACACCCAGCAUGGAACCCAAUGCAGGGCUCAAACUUACGACCCUGAGAUCAAGACCUGAGCUGAGAUCAAGAGUCGGACGCUCAACAACCAACUGAGCCACCCAGGGGCCCCUUAGUUGUUAGUAAUUAAUAAAUCUGAGAAAAUUUGCCAAAACAAACUUCUCUCCAUUAAACUGGGCAAGAAAGAGACACUAGAACUAUUAUUCU